GCUCUCUCCUCAUCAACAAUGUCCAGGCGGAUCGGCAUCAGCGGCCUCCAGCGGCAGACGCAGGAGCGGGAGGCUUUCCGGGACGCCGGCAAUGCGCUGGCUGUCCAGCAGCUCGAGCAGCUCCAGGCCCAACUUGCCUCGUUCAAGACCCACCUCGAAGCAUUUGCAGUCAAACACCGAUCCGACAUCCAGAGAGACCCCAUAUUCCGCGCCCAGUUUCAACGAAUGUGCAACAACAUCGGUGUCGAUCCGCUUGCAUCAAAGAAGGGGUUCUGGACAGAAAUGCUUGGGUUUGGCGACUUUUACUAUGAGCUCGGCAUCCAAAUAGCCGAGUGCUGCCUGGCGACUCGCGAGAAGAAUGGCGGUGUCAUCGAAUUGACCGAACUCAAACGGUUGGUGGAGAGGACUCGGGGCAAGUCCUCCCAGCCCAUCUCGGAAGAUGACAUUCUCCAGAGCAUCAAGAGCAUGGCGGCUUUGGGCAGCGGGUUCGACAUUGUGACUGUUGGCGGCAAGCGAGUUGUCAUCAGUGUGCCCAAAGAGCUGAACUCGGACCUGGGCACGCUUCUCUUGGUGAUGGGGCAGUUCACAACCGCGGCCGAGGCAGCCAGCACACUGGGAUGGGAAACGCAGCGAGUCCAGCAGGCUUUGGACGAGCUGCUGCGAGAUGGGAUCUGUUGGGUCGACGAGCAGGCCCAGCCCGCCCAGUAUUGGGUGUCUGGGCUGUUUGGUGGGCUGUAGAUUCGACUGCGGGGCACAAAUACAGUCCGAUGUGUAUAGCGAA